CUUUUAACGACAAUUCUUUUUCUUUUUCUCCCCGUUUCAGAAAUAUCUCUACCUGGACAUGCGUUUUCACCUCCCAAAUUCAACGCUUUUCCAAUUCCCAUCCAAGUCUCGUCCGAGAGGAAAUCUAGCUCAAUUUCCCCUCCCAAAAAUCUAGCUCCCAAACCUAUACAUACACAACUCUAUACGUAUAUAUUCAUAUAGUAGUACACACACACAUAUUUCUGUAUAUUUUUGAAGUCGGAGAAAUGGAUCGGAGGACCACGGAAAGUCUGGUCUAUGCGCGGCAGUGGAGUGGGGGAUCAAGCAGUACAGGCUCAUCGUCGCCUGCAGGAUCACCGGCGCAUCCACGAUCGAGGCUACCGCCGGCCACAGGGGGGAUGUCUACUAUUAAAAGGACUCAGAACGUUGCUGCCAAGGCCGCCGCGCAGCGACUGGCCCAGGUCAUGGCUUCGCAGGCCACCGCCGAUGACGAUGACGAUGAUGAUGAUCUUGGAUUUCGGUUUGCUGGUGCUCCUCCGCCGCCUGCCAGCGGUUUUUCUAGUAAUGUGAAUAGUAGCAGAGUUGAUAGGAACAGUCACAGUGGAUUCCCGGCUGCUUCGCUUGCUACACCGAAUAGAUCUCCAUCACCUGCGUUAGGUCGGAACUUUAUGGAUCACACGCCUUCAGUACGUUCCACUUCUGCUGGAAGGCCUUCAAUGUCUGUUCGUUCAACCACCACUACUGUUUUGCCCCAGAAUAAACCAACACUGAGAACUCCAGUUGCCAUCCCACCAAUAGAACCUCCAAGUGGCAGAUUUCGAGAAAAGAGGCUCACACCAGAUGUUGGACUAGUUGACUUGAAAGCUUCAGGAAAUGAACAUGAAGCUUCUGCACUUCGAGAUGAACUUGACAUGAUACAAGAGGAAAAUGAACUUAUUCUUGACAAGCUUCGUCAUGCAGAAGAAAAACGUGAAGAAGCCGAAGCUAGGGCCAGGGAGUUGGAGAAACAGGUUGCUGCUCUGGGGGACGGAGUAUCUCUAGAAGCUAAGCUAUUGAGCAGGAAGGAAGCAGCAAUUCGGCAAAGAGAGGCAGCUCUUAAAGCUGCGCAGCAGACGAAGGAUGGGAGAGAUGAACAAAUUUCAUCUCUACGUGCUGAGAUUGAGAAUUUAAAAGAUGAGACAGUGAAUACCAUGGAGCAGCUGCGAGAAGCUGAAUCUGAAGCAAAAGCUCUACGUGUUAUGACCCAAAGAAUGAUUUUGACUCAUGAAGAAAUGGAGGAGGUUGUUCUGAAGAGGUGCUGGCUUGCUCGCUAUUGGGGCUUAGCUGUACAUUAUGGUAUUUGUACUGAUGUAGCAGCUUUGAAACAUGAACACUGGUCAUCUCUGGCACCUCUUCCAUUUGAAGUUGUCAUUUCUGCUGGACAAAAAGCGAGGGAAGAGUCUUGGAAUGGUGGAGAUGAUACAGAAAGAAGGAACAAACAUGUACGGAAUUUAAGUGACUUAACAGGGGAAGGAAAUAUUGAGAGCAUGCUUUCAGUUGAAAUGGGCUUGAGGGAAUUAGCUUCCUUGAAGGUUGAAGAUGCUGUUGUCUUAGCACUUGCCCAACACCGACGUUCAAGUUUGGUUCGUCAUUCUUUCUUGGAACCUAAAUCAACUAUUGAGACGAAAUAUAUGGAGCCGUUUGAAUUAAGUCAAGAAGAGUCGCAAGAUGUUCUCUUCAAGGAGGCUUGGCUUACGUACUUUUGGAGAAGAGCCAAAGAUCAUGGUGUUGAAGAGGAUAUAGCUGAAGAGAGACUUCAGUUCUGGAUAAGCCGUAAUGCACAAUUGCCAACAUCACAUGAUGCCGUUGAUGUUGAACGAGGCCUAACAGAGCUGAGGAAAUUGGGAAUAGAACAGCAGCUGUGGGAAGCCUCUCGCAGGGAAUUAGAACAGCAAUCUAUUCCGACUUUGAUGCCAGGUGUCGAAUCUGACAAUUCCUCAUGAUCCACUUGCACUUCAUAGGUGGCAAGUGGGGUUUAUUUAACCGUGAAACCAAGUCGGAUGCGACUUCAGAAUUGGGCUGGGAAUGUCUGCUUUAAGCUGAUGACCGCUAAACCAGCAAUUGAUGACGCAGGAGAUGCGGGUUUACUAAAUCAUUCAGAAAAAAUUCGUAUUACAUCAAGUACACAUGGGGUAGCAGAAAGCACUUUUAUUAUAAGAGCUCUUAGAAGAAGUGAUUAAUAUGUUGCUUUGCAGCACUUUUGCAAAGGGACUUUUGGGGAACAAAGUGUCUGGUUUUGAUUUCUGAAACGAAACUUCUGAUCAUUCUUUUUA